UUUUCCCGUCCUCAGCUCGCGACCAUUUUUACCUGCCUGGCGACGAAAGGUAUAAAAGUCCCCUGGGCGGGGACCUGAAUGUUUACCUGUGAGCGGCUCGAAGUGACCUCUACGAAACCAGAGUUGCAGAAGUCAAUUGAAGCAGUUCCAGACUUUCGCAUUUGACCGAUAUUAAAACUUGCUGUAAGAAUCGUCAGGCUUAGGGCUCGAACCAUCUGCAUCCAAGUCGUCACCACAAGCUGGGACAGGCACCAGGUGUCACUGUGACAUCACCCUGUGCUAUUAGUUAUCCCUGCAACAUCCUGUGCUAUUAGUUAUCGUUGUAACAUCCUGUGCUAGUAGUUAUCGGUGUAACACCCGCGGUAACAUUCGCGAGUACUAAGCAACAGCUUGGCCGGUGAUAUAUCAAAUUGACCAGCUGUAACAUUGAACAGCCAGCCAUCAAAGUUUGAAGUGACCAGCUGUAACAUUGAACAUCCAGCUAUCAAAUUUUGUAUUGACAGCUUGACCAAACAUCGAACAGCUAUUUUUAAAGUGACUAACUUUAAUCUGAACGAGUUCACAAUAAACAUUUCAAGCACCCCGAGAAUACAAAAUAUUUGUUAUGCGUUUGCACUAAAUAAAAGUCAUCAGUCCAUUUUGGAUCUGGGCCUGAACUAACACUAGUUAGAGAAUCUGAGACUGCAAGUAGCAAGCAUGGCGCUAGAAGACAGGGGCAUCACCUCUGCCGACCAGUACGUGGACAUGAAGUGCGGUAUUGAGAACCUCUCGCCCUACUCCAGCCCCAGCGGGUACGCCGACCCCCCGACCUACUACCAGGCAGAGUACGAGUGGCACCAGCAGCACGCGACCCAGCUCCCACAGCUCCCCCACCACCCGCAGCAGGUCCUGGAGCCGGAGAGACACUACUACCCAGCUUACCCCGAAACCAUAGACGCCAGCGGUUACCCUGACUACGGUCAUCAACCCGUAGCGCACGCAGACUUCUAUUCCCAGUCCCACGCUUUAUGGUCAGCCUCGACCUUAGCUGACCCUUCAUCAGCGGGGUCAAUCAACCACAGGUACUUCUCUGGAAUCGACCUGAGCCAGCAGGCAGGAAGUCAACAAUCCAGCCCAUCCAGCAGCUCUAGCGGAAAACCCAAGAGAAAGCGCGUCCAGUCCCACUCGCAAAGAAAAGCCGCCAACGUCCGCGAAAGGAAAAGAAUGUUUCACCUCAACGAGGCCUUCGACGAGCUACGAAAAAGACUCCCAGCUUUCAACUACGAGAAACGUCUAUCUCGCAUCGAAACCUUGCGACUGGCUAUGACCUACAUUUCAUUUAUGAAAGAAGUCAGCGUUGGCCAUGACCCCAAGUGUAUAAAACUGAAACCCCACGGGUCAGAGCUUUCGCCGCUGGGUCGUGGCAGCAGUUCCCACGCCUCAUUCAGCGGCAGCGAGCAUAACGAAGAUAGCAACGUACACGAUGUUAGUGACUGUAGCAAUGAUGAACUGAGUAACCACAGUGGGGGAAAUUGAGCCCCUUUCUUAUCUUACGAUGAACAUUUAACCACAACAUGGGCAUCUAGCAUUGGCCCUGACAAUAAUGUCAUGAGAUGAAUAAACAUUUUAAAGUAAACAUUGAUUCAGGUCAGUACAGGUGACGUGUUUUAAUGUUCAUGCUGACGUAAUUAAUGAAAUGUGUUCUUUUUACAUUCUGAACAUUUUAAUUUAUGCAAUUAUUUCACUUCAAAUUUGCAAUUGUAGAGGUUAUGAUCUAGUCAACUGCAGCAUUUAACAUUUUUUGUUGUUGUACUUUUUGUUAUUUUUUUAUGGUCUCAGCCAAAGUCUCUGGUCAAGUUUUAUAAUUAUGCCUUCCCUCGGCUGAUUGGUCAAUUUAAAAAAAAAAAUCCUAUGUCUUCCCUUCACUGAUUGGUCCAUUUGUUAAAAAUCCCCUGUCUUCCCUCCACUGAUUGGUCAAUUUUUUAAAAAUCCUCUGUCUUCCCUUCACUGAUUGGUCAACAUUUAUAAGCCUCGGUCUUCCCUUGGAUGCUAUUUGAAAUAGACCUGCUCUUAAAUUUUGCUUUUAGAGUUCAAAUUUAUCAAAUUUCGUAUCAUGCAUAUUAGAACGCAAUACUAGCAAAUAUUUCAGUUUAAGUACACAGUCUAGUUUUAUCUUUGAUUUAUUUGUAAUGAAUUAGUUACUAUUAAUCAAUAGUAAUCACCAGUAAUAUCAAGAAAUAUAUUUCUAGUCUGUAUUUCUUCUGCCAGUUUUUUAAAAAAAAUAUUUGAAUUGACUUAAAUACUAAAAUUUUACUAAUUAUAAAUU